GUUACAACAAUGGACACACAACAAUUAAAUAGCACCGUUUUAAUUGCAAUGUGUGUAGUAUAUAUGGAUGUUGUGAAUUUGAAUUAAUGAAAUUUUGUCCAAAUGACAAGUAGACUCAAUGUUCUCUGCAAGUGUCAAAUGUGAUAGAUAAACAAAUCAUAAUAAUGAAAUUUUAGAGAACAAUCGGAAAAUUUCAAAACAAUGGCAUUUUUAGAGUGGAGAAAAUUCAAUUUCUUCGACAUAAAAAGGGGCGUAGACGAUGGCAAAAUCGCCGAUCUAUUCAAAGAAAGUAGACUUACAGGCACAUCAAGUGGUAACAAUCAUUUGGUACUGGGUGAUUCCCUGGGCCAAAUUCACCUUGUAUCGAGAUCUUGGCAUGUAAUAUCUUUCAGAGGGUAUGAAAUAUCCGUCGAUUUGAUACAGCAGAUGCGUAAUUCUCCUCUUUUGGUUACUAUUGGCCAAGAUGAACCUGGGGUGAAUCCUCUUAUAAAAGUGUGGGAUACAAGUAGAUUGGAUAAAAAUGGCACUCCGUACUGUUCUAGGAUAACCAGAGCAAUUCCUGGACAAAGACCAGUUCCGGCAAGUGCUUUGUGUGUGCAUGAUAGUUUACAGUUAAUGGCUGUAGGCUUUGUUGAUGGUUCUUUAGUUUUAUACAGGGGUGAUGUAACAAGGGAAAAAAGAAGCAAGGAGAAACUAUUAAGAGAUGCCAGUUCCAUGGUUACAGGUCUGGCAUUUAAAUCUACUGCCGCCAAUGUCUUUCUAUUUGUAGCUACUGAUUGUUCUGUUAUUGGAUAUAAUAUUACUCACAAGGAUAAAGAACAAAAAUUGCAUUUGGACAAUAUUGGCUGUGCCAAAAAUUGCAGUAUUCUAGCAGAGUCUAUGCAAGAGAGUCAUUUUAUGGUGGGGAGAAAUGAUGCCGUUUAUUGUUAUACAUCUGACGGUCGCGGUCCUUGCUAUGCUGUGGAUGGGGAAAAAGUAAUGCUGGAAUGGUUUCGCAGCUACCUAAUUAUAAUAUCAAAAACUAACAGACCGACAGCCCUUCAAACGUUAACGAAUGAGCCAAUUACAAACGCAAAUCAGGAAGAUUUGAUCACAAUUCUUGAUAUCCACAACAAGUUCAUAGUGUUUUUCGCGAUGGUGCCGAGGGUACAAGCGAUUUUGAGCGAAUGGGGCGGACUUUACAUCCUCGACGAAGAGAAUAAACUGUAUCACUUAGAUGAGAAAGAUUUACAAUCGAAACUGUCGUUGUUGUUCAAGAAAAACUUAUACGACGUGUCGAUUAGGAUAGCCAAAAGUCAGCAGUAUGAUACUGAUGGUUUGGUGGAUAUUUUCAAGCAGUACGGCGAUCAUUUAUGCGAAAAAAGCGAUUAUGCCGGAGCCAUUGAACAGUAUAUUAAAACUAUAGGUAAACUGGAGCCCAGCUACGUGAUUAGAAAAUUCUUGGACUCGCAGCACAUCGAAAAACUGACAACAUACCUCCAAGCUUUGCAUAAACAAGGACACGCGACUGAAGAUCACACUACUUUAUUGUUGAAUUGUUAUACGAAAUUAAAUAACACAGUAGGGCAAAGCGAUAGUUUAAAGGACUUUAUUUUAAUGAAAGAAGGCGAUUUAAACUACGAUGUGGACGUCGCCAUCAAAGUUUGCAGAUAUGGAAGUCCUGCUGAAGCUCUAAUGUUGGCAAAAAAGCACGAAAAACACGACUGGUACAUAAAACUGCAGAUAGAAGACCAUCAGAAAUACAGCGAAGUGCUCGACUACAUGUCGAUUCUGAAUUUCGAAGACGCCGAACACUACAUGAAAAAAUACGGCAAGAUUCUGGUAGAAAACGUGCCCCAGGAAAGCACACAAUUCCUGAAACGUUUAUGUACCAAUUACAAGCCGGACAUUUCACCGGUGAUCAGUGAGAAUUUGCUGCAGGGAAAUUACGACCUCGCUCAGAAAGCCGAUCCGGAACAUUUUAUCCACCUGUUUCUGAACAAUUCGGAGAGACUUGUCGAGUUUCUAGAGUAUCUCAUACAUGAGGGAGUGAUUUUGAGUACACCCGUAUACAACACGUUGUUAGAGCAUUAUUUGCACGUUUGGUCGAAUUUGGAGAACGUGGCAGACAAGAACAAGUGCGCGCAGAAAACGCUCAAGUUCCUCCAAAAUCCCGACGUCAAGUACGAUAAGUCGCAGGCUUUGGUUGUGUGUCACAUGCACAAUUUCAGCGAUGGUAUUUUGUAUCUUUAUGAGGAACAGAAAUUAUAUCAACAGAUUUUAGGUCAUCAUAUUGCAAAGAACGAUUCAAAUUCUGUUUUGACACGUUGUCGACGGUUUGGACAUCAAGAGCCGACGUUAUGGGUACAAGCUUUGUGGUCUUGCGUUAGAGAUUCGAAACAGCCUCCAACUGAUCUUCUCAAUGAGAUUUUGACUGUAAUAGCAAAAGACAAACUGUGCAGCCCACAGCUAGUAGUAGAUGCUGUAGCAACAGGAAACGCUCAAGUAACUCUAGGCCACAUAAGGUCUUACAUCACAAACGAACUACAACAAGAAAUUAAACGCACAAAAGAAAUUUCAGAGUUGACUACAAAAUACCAAAAAGAUACAGACAAGCUCAAGGAACAACUGGAAACGCUUAGAAGCGGAGUCACUGUUAUACAAGGCUCUAGAUGUGGAGCUUGUCACCAUCCAUUAGAAUUGCCAACAAUUCACUUUUUGUGUGAACACAGUUUCCAUCAACAUUGUUUUCAAUCCUUCUCGGAUGAAGAAAAUGAAUGUCCUACAUGUCAACCAGAAAAUAAAAACUUGUUGGAACUUUUGAAGGCCCGCGAAUAUAACAAAGAUUUACAUGAAACAUUUCACUCGCAGCUCGAAAAGGCUCAUGACGGUUUCAGUGUUGCUGCUGAGUAUUUCGGACGCGGCGUCUUUAACGAAUAUAAAUUGAUUACUGAUGAAUUGAUGGAAAAAAAUGUAAGGCUUCCCGAGAAACCGAUACAUAAACACGAGACUGAACAAAGAAAUGAAAUUAGGAGUUAUCCUAAUGAUGUGAAAAAUUAUGGUCCCGGUGCGGAGGCUAGAAUGAGACUUUCUGAAAAUAAAUCUGUUAAAAUCGCCGUUCCUUCAGAAGGACGAAUGCGGUUACAAGAGAAUACGUAUAGUUCGUCUUUGGAGGCUAACAUGACCAAAAUUGCAAUGCCCCAAGCGAAACCUGUGACUAAAACACCAUUUGAUGAUGAUUACGACGAUGAAUUAAACCCGUUUGCAAGUGAAGUCGAGGAGGAACUGGAUGAAACUAAUCCAUUUAGAGAAGAUUAUGAAUGUGAUAAAAAUUUGAACCCGUUCUUGUGAAUUUUUUUUUAUAUUUUUCAUAAUGAAUCUAGUUUAGUUAUAAAUGUAUGUAUUAUUUGAUGCUUUGUACAUAUUAUUUGCAUACUAAUAUAUUUAACCAAAAUUUUCCAACCAUAUUCUAUAGAUUUUGUUUUUUUAAUGUAAUUGAAAAUAAGUGUUUAUUUAGAAAUAAAAUUAUAAAUAUAAUAUAUAUAUAUAUAU